GCUUCUUUGGGGCAGCUUUACCUGGGGCAGGCUCAAAGGCUGCCGGGGCCGUGUCUCCUGCGGGGACAGGGAGCUGCUGAGCUCUGCGGUGCUGGCACAGCCGGGAGGGAGCUGGACCUGGAGUCUGCAGGAACACCCCCAGGGAACAGGAGAGUCUGGGGUGAAUGAACGUGGUUGCGUGGAUAAUUUUGUGGUCCCAGGGUGCUUGGGCACCACUGGAGCCGUGCAGCAGCCGCGGUGUGGCUCGGCUGCCGGGAGCACGCUGGGCUUGCACAAGCAGAGAGGUUUUGGGGCAGGGCCGGAGGAGCUGAGCUGUCCUUGCAGCUGGGUGUGGGAAGCCUCUGGGACCUGUAACUUCUGCAAAGCAGCUCUUGGAGCUGGACAGGUCAUGAUAAAUCCAUCUCCUCACGGAGCUAUGGAGAAGACUUGGAAAAAGACCAGCUGCUGCAGGCUUCUCUGCUCUGGAGAAGCCCCUGGUGGGGCUUUGAGCACCCGGCCGGAGCACCCGGUGGCUCCGUAAGCAGAACAGUGCCAGCAGCCCACCCUGAGCACAUCCCCAUGUGCAAUACUGCAUCCCGUGCAGCUGGGGCCAGCACUGACCCCACAGCACCAAACGGGCACAGCAGGACCGUGCCCGGGAGCCUGGCACCGCUGACGGAGGCUGAGCACAGCCCCUGGGCACGCAUCCUGCUCUGCCUUUGCCUCCCGUCUGCCCGCCCCAGACAGGGCUGGGUGCUGGCCGGUGCCCAGCGCUGUUUGCCUUCAGCAGAGGCUGUCCCAGCCCCGGCCUGGGGACUGCAACUCGGCCUGGCUGCAACUCUGGGAAUUUUUUUCUCGAGCAGGAAGCUGAAGCAUUUCCUCCUCCAGCCGCAGCUGAUUCUCGCAGAGCGAGUUUUGCAAUCCCAUAGGUUUCUAUUCUCGCAGCGGGGAGGUGCCUCCCUCCACCUUGCAGCUCUGUUUGCUUGUGUUGUGUUUUUUUUUGUGUGUUUUUUUUUUUUUUUUUUUUGCAUCUGUCAGUGUUUUGCUGCCGGCCCCGACAGGUCCCAGCGGCCGAGUGGUUUUGGGCAGAACCAACGGCGUCGUCCCUGCCUCUCAUGCGCAGCCCUUCGCGCAGAGCGGCGCCGGCGAGCGGCGGUGCAGGCGAUGCAGAGCACCCCCAACUACCUCUGGAGCACGGACGACCUGCUGGGCCAGGGUGCCACGGCCUCCGUCUACAAAGCUCGCAACAAGAAAUCAGGGGAGCUGGUUGCUGUGAAGGUCUUCAACAAUGCCAGUUACCUCCGCCCGCAGGAGGUGCAGAUGAGGGAGUUCGAGAUGCUGAGGAAGCUGAACCAUAAAAACAUCGUCAAGUUAUUCGCCGUGGAGGAGACGGGCAGCAGCAAGCAGAAGGUGCUGGUGAUGGAGUACUGCUCGAGCGGCAGCUUGCUCAACGUCCUCGAGGACCCAGCGAAUGCCUUCGGCUUGGCCGAGCCCGAGUUCCUCGUCGUGUUGCAGUGCGUGGUGGCAGGGAUGAACCACCUCCGCGAGAACGGCGUGGUGCACAGGGACAUCAAACCCGGCAACAUCAUGCGGCUGGUGGGGGAAGAUGGGCAGAGCAUCUACAAGCUGACGGAUUUUGGGGCUGCCCGAGAGCUGGAAGACGACGAAAAGUUUGUGUCCGUCUAUGGGACAGAGGAGUAUCUCCACCCGGACAUGUACGAGCGAGCCGUCCUGCGCAAGCCGCAGCAGAAAGCCUACGGCGUCACCGUCGACCUGUGGAGCAUCGGCGUCACCUUCUACCACGCUGCCACCGGCAGCCUGCCCUUCGUCCCCUUCGGGGGACCCCGCAGGAACAAGGAGACCAUGUACAAAAUCACCACCGAGAAGCCCCCCGGGGCCAUCGCGGGCGUGCAGAGGCAGGAGAACGGGAGCAUCGAGUGGAGCUACGAGCUGCCCGUCACCUGCCAGCUUUCGGCGGGGCUGAAGGACCAGCUCAUACCCAUCCUGGCCAAUAUCCUGGAGGCGGAUCAGGAGAAAUGCUGGGGGUUCGAUCAGUUUUUUGCAGAAACCAAUGACAUUCUGCACAGGAUCGUGGUCGACGUCUUCUCCCUGCAGCAGGCUUCCUCGCAUCGCAUCUACAUCCACUCCUACAACACUACCAGCAAGUUUUUAGACGCUGUCUUCAAACAAACGAGCAUAGCUCCCCACCAUCAAGAAUAUUUUUAUGAAGGUCACCCGUAUGAGCUGGAUCCUAACCUGCAGGCCCACAGCUUCUGCAGAACCACGCAGCACAACCCGCUGGCCCUGCUGAGCUCCGCCGAGCAGCCAGAAGAGGUGGUAGGAGUGAGAUACAGAGACCCGGCGCUCGACUUUCCGAAGUUUGUCCCCAAGGUGGACGUCGUGGCCGACUGCAGCACCGCCAAGAGCGCGGUGGGCACUGUGCACCAGACGCUGCGGAUCGCCCAGGCGCUGCGGCGCUGCCAGGAGCUGGUGGCCAGGGGCCUGCACUGGGUGAUCGGGAACCUGAAAUCAGAGUGCUCAAGGGUUUUGGAGCAGAGGAGAGGGGUGAACACGGUGCUCACCAGCCUGCAGCUGAUGGAGGUGAAGACCCGCGGGCUGUACGAGGCUCUUCCCGGAGGCAGCGGGCUGCCGGCUCUGAAGGACUUGGCCGUGGCGAAGACCCGGCUGCAGAGGGUCAUGGAGGAGCUUUCCCAGUGCUCCCACAGCAUCUACGACUUCCAGGGGGCACUGGAUGGCAUUUUGUCCGAGCUGGUGCAGCAUGGGCAACAAGCGCAUGAAGACAAAAGCAUCCAGCAGAUCGAGUGCUGCCUGGAGAAGAUGCAGCUCAUACACAAGCAGUUCAGGAAGGCCAGGAACUGUCCGCGGCUGGGCUACAACGAGGAGCAAAUACACAAGCUGGACAAGGUGAAUUUGGGGCAUUUGGCCAGGAAGGUUCUGCUGAUUUUCCAGGACGAGUGUGUGCGGCAGUACCAGGACGUCCUGGUCCUGCACGGCAGCAGGAUGAGGAAGGUGUGUGAGACAAAAAAGCAUCUGAAGAGGCUCAGCAACCGCAUCAGCACCUGCGGCGUGGAGGCGAUGGAGUGCCAGGAGUGCCUGCAGCACGCGUUGGACACGUUUCCCCAGAUGGCCGUGACGGAGAAACGGAGCCCGGCCCUGGUCCCCCCGGUGCCUUCGCCCAUCCCCCUGAGCCAGGCCCGCCGGGAGAUGGCUUUCCAGAUGCAGGAGCUCCUGGAGCAGAUGAAGUCAGUGACGUGCGACCUCCAGUUCAACAACAGCAUCAUCGAGCGGCUGAGCGGGGCUGCCCCCACUCCCGGCCUCUGAGGACGCGGCGGAUUUGCAGGUGCUGAAGCAAAGCGCUGCUGGCAGCAGGGAGCACCCACAGCACCUCGGGUCCAGAGCUGUGCACGAGUUGGGCGCUCGUGUCUGAGGAGCUCCCCCCUGAUCCUACCUCUCCGCUCCGUCACUUUGCACAGUUCUCUGGUGAAAACUUGAUGAGAAAGUUGGCACAGCGCAAGGGUUUUUCCUUUUGAAAAGCGCUUGAAGGACUUCAUGGUUUUCUAGCUUCUCUGUAGCACGAUGUCGGAUGAUAAAGAGGCUAGGAAUUAUCUCUUGCCCGUUUAGGGAUUGAUGCCCCCAUUAACAUUCCUGUGCUCACUGAUGCCUCGCGGGCUGGGGCAGAGCCCAGGGCAGGGGGAUGCUGCACCCGAUGGAGGAGAGGCCGGAUCCGGCCCAGGACGGCUCCAGCGCUGCCCGCGGGGGGCUCGGGGUGCAGCCGCCGUCUCUGCCUGCCCUCCUCCUGCCUCCCGGCCUUGUCCCCAGCUCAGCCCCGUCCCGGGCUGCUGAUGGCAGAUUGCGCAGGAAGCUGGGGGAGGUUUCUCUGUUUUGGUGCCUUUCUAUGAAUGUAACUGAGAUCGGUGUUUAUGGACGCGUCUGUGUGUGUGUGCCUUCUCCAAACAGCCCUCACUGAAACGUCUCCAUUCUCACCUGGGGUGUUAGUAAACGCUGAGGCAAGAUGACUCCCCUGAGAGAAAGCAGGCAUAUUUCUUUAGGGUGAAAGACAAAAAGAAAUCCUAAACAUCCACCUCAUUAAUAAAUACAGGGGAAAAUGUGCGUUCAUCUGAGGAGGUGAUGACAGCCUGGGUGGCAGGGUGCAGCAGGGAUGGGGACGGGAUGGAGAUGGGGACCAGGGGACCAGGAGACCAAGGCAGGCAAUCUCUGGGCUUGCUGGGGUUGUCUGAAGCUGCCCUGGGAAGGAUGCAAGCAGGAAGCUCUCCUCUUAUGCCCCAGAGGAAUAGCACGGAUGCGGAUCGCGUUAUUCCCACCUCAUUGACAGCCAGGAAGCGCCCAGAAUGGUGAGGACGGGCCCUGCUGCUCUGCAUCAGGGCUGCACCCAGUCCUUUGUUGGGGAAUGCAUUAUGCUCCGAAUUUCCUACUGUUUUCUGACCUUGGGUGUUACGAGAAGCCGUAAUCCUCUGGUUAUCGGCUGAGUCAGCUGCUCGCCUGCAGCUCAGUGAUACGGGAAGCCUGGGUUGUCAGACUGUGAGCGUGCGAUGGUAUCAAGGAGCUCUUUGUGGGAAGCAUCGAGUGUGCCACCCCCUUUGUCCACCUCUUCCUGCCCAUCCCCGGGGUGAUUUAUGGCUUGUGACAGAUCCCACAGCCCGUGGUGCUGCAGAGAGCCCAGGCUCGGUAACAGUAAAGCGCCUGGGCUGCCGGGAAGCCAGGCAGGGUGGCACCCGUGUCCCAGCACAGGGGACGGGGUCAGGCAGGCUCCAAGCAGCUUUUACACCCAGAGGGUUCCUGGCAGAGACCAGGCAGAGUUCCCUGGCUCUUCCCACCCCUUGCAGACACACUGAGGGCAUGCACACACAUAUCAGUGUCCCAGAUCCUGCUCCUCACCCUGGGAAGGGUGAGCACUAACAGGGUGUGGGGUGGCAGCCAGUGGCCCCCCUUUGCUCCUGUGGUCUGCGAGGUGGUGGCUGUGCUGGUGAAAGGGGAUUUAGGACACGUUUGGAUUCAUUCUUUCUCCCUGCACAAAGCCCAUGGCCGUGUGUUUGCCUUGUCACCAUCGCUGGCUGCUGGUGCUCAGGGAGGUCGGAGCCGGGACUUGGGCAGCGCCGGCACCAGCAGGGCCCAGGGGCAGCUCCGUGCAGCUCCCGGUGGUGCCGCUGGAAGCAGAGGCUGAGCCAUUGUCUGGGCAAGCAAACGCGUCUGACUCAGCUGCGGCGGGGAUGCUCAGCGAGCCUGCCCGAACCUGUCCCUCGGCAGAGAACGAAACACCCAGAUCUUCCCUUCACCCUUCCUCCAGUUCCCUUCCCAGCACGUUUUCUGGAGGUGACACGCGUUGGCUCAGCCAAAAGCCUUUGGCCAAGUCUGGGCCUGCCGGGCUGCUCUGGUCCCUGAGCUCCUGCGAGCCCCUGAGCUCGUCCCCAGCCCUGGGACCACAGAACUCGGCCAGCGCUGGGGGUCAGAGCAGCACCACGGAGAGGCAGGGGGCUGCCUGGUGUGGGUCAAUCCUCGAAUUGACCAUGGCAAAAAUUUUCAGCCCCUACUGGGAGACGUAUGGCGGCACAAGGAAAAACCAGCGUGCCCCUGGAGCUGACCAACCUCUGCCCAGGUCUCAGCAGGGAUGUGAAUUUUGCAGGGGGACAGCAGGCUUCAAGGCGCACACCAUGGCUUGAAGGAGCAAGGAGCAGCAGCUCCGGGACUGUGCCUGGCUUUGCUUUCUUGUAAGAACAGGCUGAGAGUGCCAGGAGCUGCCCCUGCACAGGAAACUGCUUCUGAGUGGUAUUUGGCACCAAGCCUGAACGUUCCCAUUCAUUUUAAUUGUAAAAACCAACAUCCUGACUGUCAAACCCAACGGCUUACUGUACAAGUGGUGGAACUAAGCCAUCACUUAAAAACUUUUCUCCUGCAAAUUAUUUUCUAGGAUUCUCCUAGUUUUAUAACUAAUGUUAUCUUUAAUCCACCCCAAAUUCACUGACAUCCCCCAUCGGCGCAGAGCAGGGAGCCCAGGCACUCACUCAGGUUCAGUGGAGCUGGGCUGAUUUGGACCAGCUGAGCAUCUGACCUGGAACACGUUUGGCUCUAGCAAGAAGGGAUUUAUGUCUUGGCACAGGAAAAAAAAAAAAAAUUUACUAACAGCCCUUGCCGUGCUUAAACUGCCCUAACACAGCAGCUGCAAAGGGGACUCCCAGAAUCAAGGCUGACUCCUUGUUCUGCUCAUGGUCAGGGAAGAGGACAAGCCGAAAUACCGACUUUGGGGGAAAACACUUGCCCAGGAAUAAAUCUGCUGCUGUUCUCAAGCAGAAGCAGAGGAUGCAUGAAAGUGAAUCAGGAUCCUGAACAGGGAAGAAAAGGACCUUACAGAUAUUAAUCAUGCUACUUAACACAGAACAAAACUCGAAUUUUGCGGGCUGCAUAAUUCCUUUAGUUUUAAGCUCUUAUCGGUGACUGCUUAUGGCACUAGUCUUCUGUAACUCAGAGCCAGUGUUUCAAUCCAUCCUUCAAACUAAAA